AGUUUUGGGUUCCUGCGCCGCCAUCAGCUCCAUGGACAUGGAGCGUCCGGGCGACGGCAAGUGCCAGCCCAUCGAGAUCCCGAUGUGCAAGGACAUCGGCUACAACAUGACCCGCAUGCCCAACCUGAUGGGCCACGAGAACCAGCGUGAGGCCGCCAUCCAGCUGCACGAAUUCGCGCCGCUGGUGGAGUACGGCUGCCACGGCCACCUCCGUUUCUUCCUGUGCUCGCUGUACGCUCCCAUGUGCACCGAGCAAGUCUCCACCCCCAUCCCCGCCUGCCGGGUCAUGUGCGAGCAGGCCCGGCUCAAGUGCUCCCCGAUCAUGGAGCAGUUCAACUUCAAGUGGCCCGACUCCCUGGACUGCAGCAAACUCCCCAACAAAAAUGACCCCAACUACCUGUGCAUGGAGGCGCCCAACAACGGCUCAGACGAGCCCACCCGGGGCUCUGGCAUGUUCCCGCCGCUCUUCAGGCCGCAGCGGCCCCACAGCGCGCAGGAGCACCAGCUGAAGGACGGGGGGCCCGCGCGCACGGGCUGCGACAACCCGGGCAAAUUCCACCACGUGGAGAAGAGCGCGUCUUGCGCGCCGCUCUGCACGCCCGGCGUGGACGUGUACUGGAGCCAGGACGACAAGGGCUUCGCGGUGGUCUGGCUGGCCAUCUGGUCCGUACUGUGCUUCUUCUCCAGCGCCUUCACUGUGCUCACCUUCCUCAUCGACCCGACCCGCUUCAGGUACCCCGAGCGCCCCAUAAUCUUCCUUUCCAUGUGCUAUUGCGUCUACUCGGUCGGCUACAUCAUCCGCCUCUUUGCGGGCGCCGAGAGCAUCGCCUGCGACCGCGACAGCGGGCAGCUCUAUGUCAUCCAGGAGGGCUUAGAGAGCACCGGCUGCACCCUCGUCUUCCUGGUCCUCUACUACUUCGGAAUGGCCAGCUCGUUGUGGUGGGUGGUACUCACCCUCACCUGGUUUCUGGCCGCCGGCAAGAAGUGGGGUCACGAGGCCAUCGAGGCCAACAGCAGCUAUUUCCACUUGGCGGCCUGGGCCAUCCCCGCCGUGAAGACCAUACUCAUCCUGGUGAUGCGCAGGGUCGCGGGGGACGAGCUCACCGGCGUCUGCUAUGUGGGCAGCAUGGACGUCAACGCCCUCACCGGCUUCGUCCUCAUCCCCCUGGCCUGCUAUCUCAUCGUCGGCACGUCCUUCAUUCUCUCGGGCUUUGUGGCCCUUUUCCACAUCCGAAGGGUGAUGAAAACGGGCGGGGAGAAUACGGACAAACUGGAGAAGCUCAUGGUGAGAAUCGGGGUCUUCUCGGUGCUCUACACCGUGCCGGCCACCUGUGUGAUCGCCUGUUACUUUUACGAACGCCUCAACAUGGAUUAUUGGAAAGUCCUCGCAGCGCAGCACAAGUGCAAAAUGAACAACCAGACUAAAAACCUGGACUGUCUAAUGACUGCCUCCAUCCCCGCGGUGGAAAUUUUCAUGGUGAAGAUUUUCAUGCUGCUGGUGGUGGGCAUCACCAGCGGCAUGUGGAUCUGGACUUCCAAAACUCUGCAGUCCUGGCAGAAUGUGUGCAGCCGCAGGUUAAAGAAAAAGAGCCGGAGGAAACCGGCCAGCGUCAUCACCAGCAGUGGAAUUUACAAAAAAGCCCAGCAUCCCCAAAAAACCCAUCAUGGGAAAUAUGAAAUUCCUGCCCAGCCUCCCACCUGUGUGUGAGCAUGCCCAGAGGGAGGGAUACAGGGCCAGUCAGAGCUAAAACUCGGUGCUUUUCUUCGUUGGUUGGCUGGUUGGUUGGUUGGUUAGUUGGUUGGUUUUUUUUAAAAUAAAGGUAAAAGAAAAAUAAAUAAAUAAAAAGUUUUUACCCUGAAAUUCAGGAAUGCUGUAAUACACUGAAAGUAAAAAUGUACUUCAAGGUUUUUGUUUUGUUUCAGUGAAGGGGAGCUCCUCAGUUAAGUAGACUCUUGUGUAACUAAUUUGUGGUAAAGUAGUUGAUUCAGCCCUCUGAAGAAAACUUUUGUUUAGAACCUUCCACAAAUAUACAUCUGUGUAUUUGAGUUGGCUUUGCUAGCCAUUUACAAAUAAGGAGACAGAUAACUUCUUUGCAAAUUAAAGAGCCUCCACCGGCUUAGCAAAUGAGCCCUCCCGGGGGCCUACCCUCAGGAAGGCUGCAGUGUAAGUCAGCCACUUCUGUGCAAGCAGAGAGGAAGGGAGCUUUGACAGCUCAUCACACUCCAGUGGAUUGGAGUCACUUAAAAUAGACUCCAGCCUCUAGCUUCACUAAUAGUCUUUCUCCAAAACAGAAACCUCCACCAAACCUAACAUUUGUGAAUUCAAACAAUGUGCAAUACAUUUUUUUUCCUCUCUCCAUGAAAAUAAAAAGAGAAACGAGUAUUUUGCUGUACAUAAAGACAACAAAAGAAAUCUCCUAACAAAAGAACUAAGAGGUCUAACCCUCAGAAACCCUUUAGUAUUACAUUUUGUGGCUUUUUAAUGGAAACCAAGCCAAUGUUAUACACGUUUGAACUGAUUUGUGGAAGGGGGGGAGUACCCAAAGGGCUUAUUGACUCUUUCCAUUGUUAAACAAAUGAUUUUCAUGAAUAGAUCAAGAAGCGCUAGGUUGGCAAAGACAAACUUUGUCUAGUGUGUUCUCUUUAGCAUGCCAGGAAAG